ACGAUGACGAUGGCUGCGCUGUGCGCGGUGUUGGCGAUGAGCUGUGUUCUGGUGGUCCGGGCUCAGGAGGAGGUGGAGAUCUGCAGGCAGUGUCCGGGGAACCUACGGAACGGUUCAGAAGUUGCCCGCCUGUGCACACAGACAUCGGAGGCAGAAGUUGUGGGCCGCUGCUGCGUGAAGCCUCCAGGGGGCGAUAUCAUUGGGCUGGAUCUCUGGAACUGCUCCAUCUCCAACCUGGAUCCCGGGCUCCACCUUACUGCCGCCAUCGCUGUCAUGGACCUCUCCCAGAAUCCUCUGCAGGAGCUGCCUCAGGACUUCUUCCAGGGACUGACAGGCCUUCGCUACCUAGCUCUUCCAGUGAACAUCAGUUGCCCCGGGGGGUAAUGAGGCCUGGGGUAGUGUGAAAACCCAAUUGGAUGCCCGGAUCUGCCAGGAUCAGCAGAGUGCCUGUAAUGUCACUGGAGACAUGGCGGUGCUGUGUCCAGAGAACUCUGCGUGCGCUCCAGAUGGUCCGGGGUACACGCAGUGCGUCUGUACUGCUGGAUUCAGUGGCUACAAAUGUUUGAGAGAGGGCUCCUUCCCAACACUCAUGUUCUUCGGGAUCCUGUCCUCCGUCACCGUCACUCUGUCCGUCCUGCUGUGGUGCACGCAGAGGAAGAAGGUGAAGAGUCUGUAG